GCAGAGCUGCAGUGGAGACAAGUCUCUGUGUUUCUCUCUACACAAACAUUCAACUGAAUCCAGCAGGUUUUCAUCAACAGCAAACUCUGGUGAGUUCACUGACCUACAGAGACAACAGGAAACUGAAGAUUCCGUCAUAAGAGUGUCGAUAUGUCUGCUGCCAGCUGUCUGCUGACUGAAGAUCAGUUUCUGUGCUCCAUCUGUCUGGAUGUGUUCACUGAUCCAGUCACCACACCAUGUGGACACAACUUCUGUAAAACCUGCAUCACUGAACACUGGAGUACUAAUGUCCCCUAUCAGUGUCCAAACUGUAAAGAGGUUUUCCACCAAAGACCUGAGCUGCGGGUCAACACUUUAAUAUCUGAGAUAGCUGCUCAGUUCAGACAGUCAGCUCAACAGAAAGCCAGCAGCAGCAGCUCAGAGCAACAAGUUUCCAAACCAGGAGAAGUUCCCUGUGACGUCUGCACUGGAACCAAACUGAAGGCCCUGAAGUCCUGCCUGGUGUGUCUGGAAUCCUACUGUGAGACUCACCUGGAGCCUCAUCUGACAAGAUCAGGCCUGAAAAGACAUCAGCUGAUCGACCCUGUGGAGAACCUGGAAGGCAGGAUGUGUCUGAAGCACGAUAAACUGCUGGAGCUGUUCUGUAAGACCGACCAGAUGUGUGUCUGCAUGCUCUGUGCUGUUUCAGACCACAAGACACAUGAUGUUGUUCCUCUGAGAGAAGAAUAUGAAGGAAAGAAGGCCGAGCUGGGGAAGACAGAGGCUGAAAUUCAGCAGAUGAUCCAGAAGAGACGACUGAAGAUUGAGGAGAUCAAACACUCAGUGGAGCUCAGUGAAGAAGAUGCAGACAGAGAGAUAGCAGAUGGUGUUCAGGUCUUCACCGCUCUGAAGGAGUCUGUUGAGAGAAGCCAGGCCGAGCUCAUGGACACCAUCAAAGAGAAGCAGAGAAAGACAGAGAAACAGGCUGAAGGCUUCAUCAAAGAGCUGGAACAGGAAAUCUCUGAGCUGAAGAAGAGGAGCACUGAGGUGGAGCAGCUCUCACGCUCUGAAGACCACCUCCACUUCCUCCAAAGCUUCAUGUCCCUGAACACUGCUCCACCCACCAAGGACUGGACAGAGGUCAGCGUCUGUCCACCUUCAUAUGAGGAGACUAUGAAGAGAGCUGUGAGUCAGCUGGAGGAGACACUCAGUAAACAGAUGAAAAAGCUGUUGGCUAAGGCCAAGCUGAAGCGGAUCCAGCAGUCUGCAGUGGAUGUGACACUUGAUCCUGAUACAGCACAUCCCAACCUCAUCCUGUCUAAUGAUGGAAAACAAGUUAAACAUGGUUAUGUAAAGAAGAAUCUCCCAGACAAACCAGAGAGAUUUUUUCCACGUCUUAAUGUCUUAGCAAAGCAGAGUUUCUCUUCAGGAAGAUUUUAUUAUGAGGUUCAGGUUAAAGGGAAGACUAAGUGGCAUUUAGGAGUGGCCAGAGAGUCGAUCAACAGGAAGGGACAGAUCACACUGAGCCCUCAGAAUGGUUUCUGGACGAUAUCUUUGAGGACUGACAACAGGUACUAUGCUCGUGCUGGCCCUGAUAUCCAUCUGUCUCUGGAGUCUCGGCCUGAGAAGGUGGGGGUGUUUGUGGAUUAUGAGGAGGGUCUGGUCUCCUUUUAUGAUGUUGAUGCUGCAGCUCUUAUCUACUCCUUUACUGGCUGCUCCUUCACUGAGAAACUCUACCCAUACUUCAGUCCCCGUCUUAAUGAUGUUGGUAAAAACUCCGCCCCUCUGAUCAUCUCUCCUGUCAGUCAUGACCAGAGAGUUGGAGGGAGACGGUGUGGUUUUACGCCAGACCAGCUCACUCGUUGUUCAACUGAGUGGUUGGAGCAGAGCUGCAACGUCACAUUUCCUGAAACGAAACUUAAAGUCAGUGUGAGUGAGAGCAGAGCUGCAGUGGAGACAAGUCUCUGUGUUUCUCUCUACACAAACAUUCAACUGAAUCCAGCAGGUUUUCAUCAACAGCAAACUCUGAGUGUCGAUAUGGCUGCUGCCAGCUGUCUGCUGACUGAAGAUCAGUUCCUGUGCUCCAUCUGUCUGGAUGUGUUCACUGAUCCAGUCGCCAUACCAUGUGGACACAACUUCUGUAAAACCUGCAUCACUGAACACUGGAGUACUAAUGUCCCCUAUCAGUGUCCAAACUGUAAGAAGGUUUUCAGCACCAGACCUGAGCUGCAGGUCAACACUUUGAUCUCUGAGAUGGCUGCUCAGUUCAGACAGUCAGCUCAACAGAAAGCCAGCAGCAGCAGCAGCAGCUCAGAGCAACAAGUUUCCAAACCAGCAGAAGUUCCCUGUGACGUCUGCACUGGAACCAAACUGAAGGCGCUGAAGUCCUGCCUGGUGUGUCUGGUCUCCUACUGUGAGACUCACCUGGAGCCUCAUCUGACAAUGUCACGCCUGAAGAAGCAUCAGCUGAUCGACCCUGUGGAGAACCUGGAAGACAGGAUGUGUCUGAAGCACGAUAAACCGCUGGAGCUGUUCUGUAAAACUGACCAGAUGUGUGUCUGCAUGCUCUGCACUGUUUUAGACCACAAGACACAUGAUGUUGUUCCUCUGAGAGAAGGAUAUGAAGGAAAGAAGGCCGAGCUGGAGACUGAAAUUCAGCAGAUGAUCCAGAAGAGACGACUGAAGAUUGAGGAGAUCAAACACUCAGUGGAGCUCAGUAAGGAAGAUGCAGACAGAGAGAUAGCAGAUGGUGUUCAGGUCUUCACCGCUCUGAAGGAGUCUGUUGAGAGAAGCCAAGCCGAGCUCAUGGACACGAUCAAAGAGAAGCAGAGAAAGACAGAGAAACAGGCUGAAGGCUUCAUCAAAGAGCUGGAACAGGAAAUCUCUGAGCUGAAGAAGAGGAGUACUGAGGUGGAGCAGCUCUCACGCUCUGAAGACCACCUCCACCUCCUCCAAAGCUUCACGUCCCUGAACACUGCUCCACCCACCAAGGACUGGACAGAGGUCAGCGUCCGUCCACCUUCAUAUGAGGGGACUGUGAGGAGAGCUGUGAGUCAGCUGGAGGAGACGCUCAGUAAACAGAUGAAGAAGCUGUUUGAGGUCGAGCUGAAGAGGGUCCAGCAGUCUGCAGUGGAUGUGACACUUGAUCCUGAUACAGCACAUCCAAAACUCAUCCUGUCUGAGGAUGGAAAACAAGUUAAACUUGGUUAUGUAUCGAAGAAUGUCCCAGACAAUCCAGAGAGAUUUGAUUAUUGUGUUAAUGUCUUAGCAAAGCAGAGUUUCUCUUCAGGAAGAUUUUAUUAUGAGGUUCAGGUUAAAGGGAAGACUAAGUGGACUUUAGGAGUGGCCAGAGAGUCGAUCAACAGGAAGGGAAAAAUCCCAGUAAACCCUCAGAAUGGUUACUGUUUAAUAUCUUUGAGAAAUGACGAGUACUACGCUCGUGCCGGCCCUGAUAUCCGUCUCUUUCUGGAGUCUCGGCCUGAGAAGGUGGGGGUGUUUGUGGAUUAUGAGGAGGGUCUGGUCUCUUUUUAUGAUGUUGAUGCUGCAGCUCUUAUAUACUCCUUUACUGACUGCUGCUUCACUGAAAAACUCUAUCCAUUCUUCUGUCCCUGUCUUCAUGAUGAUGGUAAAAACUUUGCCCCUCUGAUCAUCUCUCCUGUCAAUCAUGAGUAGAACAACCACUAGAUUUUUUGAGGCUCAUUUUCCCGUUUUAGCAACAACCUUCUAUUUUUAACUUUGAGCACAAAAUUAUUUGUCAAAAAAUAUUUGACUAACAGUGUCGCUAAUCAACAUUGUCAGGACAUGACUCAGAAAAAUAUGACUCAAAACAGAAUUUCUCUUUAAUACAGUUGAGACUUUCUGGAAUAUGUUCAUAUGAUUGUUUGUUUUUGUGAAAGAUCUUUGGUGAGUUUUCUGCACAUUCCUAAAUUCAUUAAACAAGAAUUCAUAACAUGACACACUAACAAGAUGCUUUGGUGGCUUUUUAUGAUUCGCGCUGUCAGAGGCAUUAUGUUUUAAAGGGAUAGUGCACCCAAAAAUGAGAAUUCAGCCAUUAUCUACUCACCCAUAUGCCGAGGGAGGCUCAGGUGAAGUUUUAGAGUCCUCACAUCACUUGCAGAGAUCCAAGGGGAGAGGAGGUAGCAACACAACUCCACCUAAUGGAGGCUGACGGCGCCCCAGAUUCAAACGUCCAAAAACACAUCAUUGAAACCACAAAAUAUCUCCAUACUGCUCGUCCGUAGUGAUCCAAGUGUCCUGAAGCCCCGACAUAAAAAGUUGUGCGCUUGCGCGAGACCGUGAGACAUGGGCACUGCCUUCAUGUGUGUUCACAUGCUUUCGCUGGUCUCAUGCGCAUAAAAAUUGUUGGAUUUUGGUGCAGUUAUUGAAUUUCCCUCAGGCCUUAAAUGCAACACUUAUUUUAUAUUUUCUCUUGUUGUCACUGUCCCAUCAGAACCCUUUAAUUUAACCAGCUAAAUGUUUUAUUUCCUGUUGGCUCAGAAUAAAAUGCAAUCCACAAUAAUUAGUAAACAUUAACUAUAUUAAAUAGUCACGUAUUAAUACCUAAAAUCCUCCUUUAAAUAUUCAUAAAGAGUCCAGAGGACUCUGCAGCACGACGCAUGUGCAGCACCAAACCGCAUUUCACAUUUAUUUAAAUUAAUCAUCAGAGCCGUGUCGUGGGAGAUGUAAACAUUAUCUGGAGAGGAGUUUUGGUUUAUAAAGACAUGUGGAAGUGGGGAAGCAAUUCGGCGUCUGUCUGUGCUCGCACCGGGCAGUCGGUGAACCGGAAACAGCCAGAGAGUUGGAGGGAGACGGUGUGGUUUUACGCCAGACCAGCUCACUCGUUGUUCAACUGAAUGGUUGGAGCAGAGCUGCAACGUCACAUUUCCUGAAACGAAACUUAAAGUCAGUGUGAGUGAGAGCAGAGCUGCAGUGGAGACAAGUCUCUGUGUUUCUCUCUACACAAACAUUCAACUGAAUCCAGCAGGUUUUCAUUUUCUAUUUACUCUCACGCACUGUUGUUCAAAAAGACCUUCUCCUCUUCUCUUUCCUUUUUUAUUUACUUAUCCUCCUUUUGUUUCCACUGUACUUUAUUUUUUUUUUUACGUGAAAUCAGUGUCAUUGUGUGUUGAACCUGUACCUCCAUGGACUUUCAAGGUUGGGGUGGGAGAUGACGAGAGGGAUGUUUGUUCAGAAAAGUUUCAACUGUAAUUUUGUGUGAUUUGCAGUUAUCCUUUAAUAAAAAGGAUGAGUAAACAAAUAAAUCCCAGUGCAAUGUAAUAAGUUAGAAGCAAAAAAAGCAAAAUAUAAUAAAAAGGGUGAACGGCUGAUUCCACAUUAUUGACCGAUAGAGGCAAAGAUAUUGCACACGUCAGCAUGUACUGAUAUUGCUCCUGAUAGAUGGUUGUAAACAGUGAAAAGUAAAAGCAAGAUAUAAAUAAAGCUGCAAGCUGCAAUUCUGGGGUUCAAGCCAACAUGGACCUUUAAAACUUGAAAGCUGGGUAAGAUGAAGACCUUUGACAAUUUAGGACGCCUGCAUUAAAGAUAAACAACAUGUUUUAUGACAAUCAGACAGAUGCUCAGUCAUUUACGUCCAAAUCUCUACCGAGCCACGCUCUUCUUUGGAAGCUCUCUAGCUUCCUAUUGGUCAGCUGCAGAGACAUUUUGGGGACAUGCUUUAAUGGCUUAGUUAAAAAAAGUCCACUGAGUUUGGUGACGUUUGAACAAACCCACACUGAUUUAAGGCCAAAUUUUGCGAAAGGUCAUAGACAAAUGUCAAAUAAUGACGGACAAUUAGAAAAGCUUAAAGGUUUUGGCCUUUCCCUUAGCUGCUCUAUUGGCUCUUCCUACACCUCUUGUUCUUUUUCUCCUUUUUUUUCAUUUAAUUAUUAUUAUUAUUAUUAUUUUUUCAUUUUAUUUUACUUUAUUCAUUUAUUAAAGUCCCUUAGAUGAGGAUGUUUCACUCAGAUUUUCUUUGAUGGACUCCACUGAAUAAUGACAGACAAUUAGAAAAGCUUAAGGGGUUCGCUUCUUCUCUUAGUUGCCCUGUUGGCUUCUCUUACUACACCUCUUCUUUUUAUCUUUUUUUUUUCCGUUUAAUUACCAUUAUUUUCAUUUUUUUUUUCAUUAAUGUACCUUAGAUGGGGAUGUUUUUCUCGGAUUUCCUUUGAUGGACUCUGUCCAGUAAUGACGGACAAUUGGAAAAGCAUAAAAGUUUUGGCUUUUCCCUUAGUUGCUCUAUUGAUUUUUAUUACUAUCCCCCCUUUUACCUCUAUAUUAGUUUUGUUCUUUCUUCUCUUUUUUGUUAUUUUUUAAAAAUAUGUAAAAGAAAAGGAAGGAAAAAUAUAAAUCCCUUUACUGGAGAAGAGAAACCUGUGACUUAGGUUGUUGUCAAUUAAAUGUGAACCCAUAUGCACACAAUUAUACAACACAGCGUAUGUGCGCAGGAGUAUGUCUUUGAUUUGAUUUUGUAAAUAAGGGGGUCUAGAUAGUUGUUAUUGUGUAAUGAGUAGUUUGAAAAUAAUGAGAUGAUAAAAUGAAAAGAAAACACACAAUCUCUUUGUUCAUUAUUGUGUCUUUUAGGUUAGGUUUA